AUGGCAGAAGCGAUAUUGAGAUAUGAGAUAACGAUUCGACCGUCCCUUGCACAACGAUUUGAUAUUCGAGUGGAUUCAGCUGGGACAGGUGCUUAUCAUGAAGGCGAAGAAGCUGAUGAUAGGACGAUAUCUGUUUGUAAAAAGCACGGUAUAGAAGCAGACAGUAUAGCGAGAGCAGUUACGAAAGAUGAUUUCAGUAAAUUCGAUUACAUAUUAGCUAUGGAUCAAUCAAAUCUUCAAACACUCCUUAAUCGACAACCUCCUUCAUCAUCGUCUAAAUCACAUAUAUCACUAUUCGGUUCAUUCUCACCAUCAAUCCCAAUUCCACAACAAGGUAAAUCGAAAACCAAGGCAGAAGCUAUCUCAGAUCCUUAUUAUGGUGGUAAAGAUGGAUUCGAAAUUAGUUUCAAGAAAUGCACGGAAUUCUCCAAAGGUUUCCUAGAUUAUCUAGAGAGAGAACAUAGUUGA